AUGGUUUAUCCAGCACGCUUUCAGGCGCCACAAGCUAACGCGCUGCAGUUGUCCUACUCACCGGGGCAUACGCCAUUGCCACAGAAGCCGCGUAUGAUAAUACAGCUGCCGUCCUGGAAGAGUAUACGACGCACGGCCGGCGAAAUCAGCGCCUCCGCCUGGGAGCUGGCUUUCCGCUUCGGCCAGAGCACGACAAUUCACGGCGUCAAUCGGUUGUUCAGCAGGAACGCCGGAAAGUAUGAACGCUGCGUCUGGUUCCUCACCGUUAUGCUCGCUCUACUCGGCGCCAUUUACGUUAGUCUCUUGCUCUCUGAUCGCUUCAGCGAAGGCCGUUUAGAAACUGUAGUGGAUAGCACGCGUUGGCCCGUCUAUCAUAUUCGCUUUCCGGUAGUGGCCAUUUGCAAUUUGAACCAACUGAAUUGGCAAAGACUAGAAGAAGCCAAGCGUCGUUAUCUUGAGCCCGAUACGACACCGGAAAAUCAAGAACUUUUCGAGCGUGUUCUUGGCAGUUUUGAUAACAUAAAGUUUGCCGGUUUUGAAAGUUUUAUGAAAUUCAAAAACAUUUCUCUUGAUUCGUUGAAUUACAUCAACUUUACCGAAGUAAUGACAUUUAUGACUUGGCGUUGCGAAGAAUUAUUAAGUGAAUGUAUUUGGAAUCAUUUCCCCAUGAACUGUUGUGACAUCUUCUCUUUGCGACGCAGCAAAAAUGGUCUCUGUUGGGCUUUCAACACUUUGGAAACGGAUGAGGGACGACAGCGCCAAAAGGUUGAUACGCUGUGGCCUUGGCAUACAGGUGCCGCCGGUCCGCGUAGUGGCCUCAUAGUGCGCGUAGAUGUCAAUCCAGAGAAACAGUAUCCCAAAAGCACCAACAAGAAGGGUGUAAAUGUUAUGAUCGUGGAACCAACCGUGUGGCAUAAGGAUCCAAUGAACAUACCGGAAAAUACGCACACAAUGAUAGAAGUGGAGCCCGUCGUUUAUUUCUAUGACAAUAACACGCGUGGAUUGGGUUCUAAGUUGAGAGAGUGCAUUUUCGAUGACGAAGGGGGCGCUAGAAAUUUUCGCACACUUCAAGGUUACGUUUAUAUGAUUGAAAAUUGCCAAUCGGAGUGUCAUCAACAGUACUUGGUGAAGUUUUGCAAUUGCACAAUGGAUCUGCUAUUUCCACCUGGACCCUAUCCUAGCUGUCGCGCAAAGGACUUGGUGUGUUUGGCGCAAAAUAACGAACACUUUGUGUAUUCACACAGCGCGGAGGAGGAAUUAUAUGUGCACAACUAUCACGAGGGCAUGAUUUGUGAGUGUUUCCGCAAUUGCUUCUCGCUCAACUAUAUGUCGGAUGCGCGUCCAUCAUUUCUACCGCCGGAAACGCGCGGCAAUCACUCAUAUAUCUUCUUGGAUGUACAUUUCCGUUUCGAGACAAUGAUGGUUUAUCGCACAAGUUUAAUCUUCGGUUGGGUGGACUUGAUGGUCGCCUUUGGUGGCAUUGCUGGUCUCUUUCUCGGCUGCUCGCUAAUUAGCACCAUGGAGUUGGCUUACUUUCUGCUCGUCGAUCUGCCUACCUUUGUGCUUCAAAAAUAUCGCAAAAAUAAGAGUAAAAUGCAAGAUAAGCGACGUUCUGUUGUUGGGCCCUUGGAGCAGUUACAAGUGAAAAAUAAUAAUUGGAAACAAAUUCAGCAGUUUAAUAUGAAAAGCCAGCUAAUACAACCACAAAGCUAUGAAAGUCUUUAUAGCAACAGCAAAAUAAACAAGAAACUGCCGCUAAUCACAGACUGGCAGAACCCACCAGUCGCUAAAAUACACUACUAA